AGGCAAGAUGGCGUCGAAUGGCGGGGAGCUUGGGGGCUUAUUCGACCACCACGUCCAGAGGGCGGUAUGCGACACGCGGGCCAAAUAUCGGGAGGGAAGACGGCCUCGCGCUGUCAAGGUAUAUACAAUCAAUUUGGAAUCUCGGUACUUAUUAAUACAAGGAGUUCCUGCAGUGGGAGCGAUGAAGGAAUUAGUUGAGCGAUUUGCUCUGUAUGGUGCAGUUGAGCAGUAUAAUGCUCUAGAUGAAUACCCAGCAGAAGACUUUACAGAAGUUUAUCUUAUUAAAUUUAGGAACUUACAAAGUGCAAGGACAGCCAAGAAAAAAAUGGAUGAACAGAGUUUCUUUGGUGGAUUGCUUCAUGUGUGUUAUGCUCCAGAAUUUGAGACAGUUGAAGAAACUAGAAAAAAAUUAGAAGAGAGGAAGGCUUAUAUAGCAAGAAUUACUAGAAGUAAAGACCAUUCCCUGACAAAGAAGAAACUGGUUCCAAAGCCUAAAGACACAAAAGGUUUUAGACAAGACUUCCACUCUGAGACGUCUGGAUUUUGUGCGGCUUCUUUGAACACUUCCAGUGAGAACUCAUAUCCUUGUCUUCCUUAUUCUUGUGAAUUGCCUUUAUGUUAUUUUUCCUCAAAAUGUACAUGUUCAUCUGGGGAGCAUGUGGACAGAGCAUCAAACUCCUCUAAGGAAGGUAGAAACCGUGAUGAAACAGUGGAGCAUUGUAACCACAGUGACUCUUCGCAGAAAAUACAAAGGAACACUUCUAAAGAUUCAGUGACGUGCUGUGGUGCAGAAAAGGCUAUCCGUCCUUCAGAGGCAGUUGACAGAUUUAUGCCUAGGACAACACAACUGCAGGAGCGGAAAAGAAGAAGAGAAGAUGAUCUUAAACUUGGGACUUUUCUGGAAACAAGCUCAAGUGGUAAUGAGGUUAUGAUUGGGCCUCUAUUACCAGGCGUACCUAAAGUGGAUAUGGAUGAUGACUCAUUGAAUACAACGGUGAAUUUAAUUCGGAAUAAACUUAAAGAGUUCUUUUUUUUUAAACCAGGUAAUUUCAUCUGUGCCAAAGCCUUCAGAAGAAAAGCUGGAAGAUGUGUGUUCAAGUUGUCCAUUAAAACAAAGAAGAAGAAUAUAGAUUGCCAGCAGCAAAUUAAUAUUUUCUUUCUUCUUUUUUUUUUUUUUAACAUCCGACUGAUACGGUGAUUGAACCCUGGACCUUGGUGUUAUCAGCACCACACUCUAACCAAGUGAACUAACUAGCCAGCACUACUGCUGAUACAUUUUAAUGCAUUCCUCUUUGGAAUUUCAUUUAAGCUAUAUGUCUAAAGUAAUUUCAUCUUUUUUUGAUCCAUACUUAAUAUUGCAGAAACUGUUUUUGUUAUAUAAAAUUACCUCUCACAUUGCAAUAACUAUACAUAAAUUAAUUGAAGCAAAUAUGUAGAAAUCUUACAAAUAAAGAUAGGCAACCACGAUC